AUGACGAGACCACUGCUACUGCUGGCGGUGGCUGCGUUCUUCCUUGCAGCUAGCGGGCAGGAGACCAAAACAGCCUCAGGCAAGGGCGGCAUUUUACAGCUAACUAGGGCAAAUUUCAACAGAGCGCUGAGGACAUACAAACAGCUGCUGGUGCACUUCUAUGCUCCGCUGUCUGCAGAUGGCCAUCAUAUAUCAGAAGUGUUUCAAGCAACCGCCGCCGCUCUUCAGGACUCUGACAUCAAGCUGGCGACGGUGGAUGUAGCAAAAGACAAAGAGCUAGCCAAAGAACUUAAUGCGACCACACCGCCAAGCAUCAGGCUCUACCUGUUCGGAGAUAAAAUAAACUUUGUACCAUGCCCCGUGCCAGAAAGCUCCGCCUCCAUUGUGACAUGGUUGAAAAGGAGGGCAGGAUCGGCUGCUGACCUCAUCACCGAUCUCAGUCAGUCAGUGAGUUCGGAGGAGCAGCUCCGAGUGAUCGGAUUCUUCAAGGAGCUGGACAGCGAGUAUGUUCGAGUGUUUUAUGCAGCUGCAGUCAGCCUACCAGAUGUCAACUUUGGUUUGACGCAAAACGAUGAUGUCAUCAGGAAAUAUGAUGUCACCCAGAAUGUGGUGCUGCUUCUCAAACAGUCGACGCUGAUCCAGGUUUACGAAAUGACACCUGAGACGUCAAGAGAGGACUUGAUGACUUUUAUUAGCGUCUAUCAGAUGGACCCUGUCACAGAAUAUACCGGAAAGACGGCCAAUCAGAUUCUGUCGUCACCUGUUCUGAACCACGCCCUUCUUUUUGUGAACAAAAGCUCCACUGAUUUCCAUGAAUUGCACGCUGCCUUCAGCGUAGCAGCUGAGGCCUUCAGGAUGAAGAUUUUGUUUGUAUUAGUGGAUGUAUUUGAGCCGCGCAAUGGCCGUUUGAUGGAGUACUUCCGCGUGCGGGACUUCGAGGCUCCUCUUGUACGAUUGGUCAAUCUGACCAACCAUGUGACCUACCAGCUGCCCUCAACCGUGCUGGAUGUCAACUCCAUAGAGGCUUUCUGCCAAGACUACCUAGAGGGAAAGGCCAAGCCCAAGAUGCAGAGUGAACCAAUUCCAGAAGGAUGGGACCAACGUCCGGUGAAGGAACUGGUUGGAAGUACUUUUGAGGCGGUCGCCUUUAACCCUAACAAGACUGUGUUUGUCUUGUUUUAUGUUCCGUACAAUCCAGAAUCCCGCGUCGUUUUUCCCUUGUGGGAGGAGCUAGCUGAGGCCUUUAAAGCCCAUGACGACAUUGUCGUUGCUCGCAUCGACGCCUCGGCCAACGACAUCAACAUGUCAGUGCAGCGCUCCUAUCCAGCUUUCUGCCUCUUCCCUGCACUCUACGCCGAGAGAGCAGUGUUUUACACUGGCGAGAGGAAGUUGAAGGACCUGCUUGCUUUCGUCCAUGUGGAGAUGGAGAAAGCAGCAAGAGACAGAAUAAAGGAAGAUGAUGACAGGAGGAAGUACGUAGAGACCAUGAAAGCAGAAAAGGAGAAGACGGAGAGAAACAUAACCAAGGAUGAACUUUAA